AUGAUGUUCUUGCUGCUCCUGAUGUUCGGUCUUGUAGUCGGACAGAACGAAGUAGAUAACAAAACGGAAGUAUGCCUCAUGGAGCCUGAUGAGGGCCUCUGCAGAGCUCUUUUGAGAAGAUGGGCAUGGGAUCCAGUGGAAGAGCGCUGCGAACCAUUCUACUACGGCGGUUGCGGAGGUAACGGGAAUAGAUUUGAGACACAACAACAAUGCCUUGAUGAAUGCUGGAACAACCACGUCGACGAAGAGCACAAGAAGAAGCCUGAGCCGAGAUGCAUAAAAUACAUAGUAUAA